UGUAUCUAAAUUCGUUUAUUAUAUCAAGAAACAAUUCUAAAUUCGCAGCCAUUAGUUCGUUGUUACUGUAUUAGCCUGAUGUUAAUUAAUAAUUAUUGACUGAAAGUUUCUUUGAAUUUCUGUCGAGAACCAAGGUCGUACAUCACGUAUUUAUUUCUUCGAUCCUCUUUAAACUGUCGUAACUUCUGAACGGAUUGAAGGAUUUUAAUUUUUAAAAAUGCAUACAACGCGUAUUUUAAUCGAGAAUAUGUAGAAAUCGAUUUUGAUUCUCAUAGUUAGUAGCGCCACAGUCUCGACACCGAAAUAGUAAAAAGAUUCUAGAGUAUCGUCUGCGGUAGUAUCUUUUAAAACAGUACUGCACAAUAUUCUAUACAUAUAUGUAAUAAUUAAAAUAAUGGCUCUAAAUAAAUUGUGCACAGCGUUUCGGCAAAUAACAGUAGGCAGACAAAGUAAUGUUGUUGGAAGAUAUAUUUCAUAUUAUUUAUCAGAGAAGCAACGUAAUAUUUUGCCGCUGUAUUCUUCUAAAAAUGCAGUAUUUAUAAAAUACCCGGAAACAAAUAUUUCAUUCGUACCAAAAACACUGAACAUAGAUUUUGCUAAUGCAGACGGUGCUUUAAAUAAAAAUAAAAUCGAAAUACCAUUUAAGAAUAUACUAUCGAUAGAAGAACCUUUAACGCAAUAUCCUAUUCGACGUGACUUGCCGCUUAUAGAUAAAUCUUUAGAGCUUCCUUCGAGCAGUAAUGUGGGAAAAUUUGCAGUAAACUUAAUAGUGAUUAGAAGACAUAAAAUGAAGAAACAUCAGAGGAAGAAGCUUCGCAAGAAAAUGCAGUAUGUCUGGGCAAAAAUAAGACAAAUGCGUAAUAUAAGAAAAGAAAAAAAUUUUCAAGCAGAAUUAAUCGCAAAGAUUAAAGAAGCGCAAGCAUUCGAUGCAAAAGCGUAUGUUUCUGAAAGACUUGCUCUUUUGAGAAAAGAACGAAUACAAAAAACAUAUAGAGGUGAAAUAUUGCCACCAGCUAUGAUUAAGCAAUUUUUAGAAGAAGAACAAGCUAGGAAGGAGAAGAGACGUAACAAAUUUCGGUUAACACUUGAUUAA